CUGUAGCUUCGGCCCGACGUGUCUCACGCGGACGACGCAAUGGAGCUGGACAGCGAGGAGCCGGCCGACGCGCCCGCCGCGCCGCCGCUACUCUCCGACCAGCUACAAGCGCUUCUGUCCAAGCCACCUCCUGUCUUCAACGCGUCCGAACCGCCACCCGGCUUCAACCUGUCCGAGCCGCCGCCCUUCAACGCGUCCCAGCCGCCGCCUGACGACAAGCCGGACGACGACCGCAAGAACGACCGCGACCGCAGGGAUCGGGACAGGGACAGGGAUAGGAGGGACGGCGGACGGGACAGGAGGGACAGGGAUAGAGAGCGCGGUGGCAGAGAUAGAGGACGGGAUCGGGAUAGGGAACGCGGGGGAGAACGAGACGAAAGGAGAGACCGCGAGCGGGGAGACCGCGGCAACCGGGACCGCCGCGACCGCGACAGGGACCGCGACCGGGAAAGACCCGACAGGGACCGGUUCGGUGCCCGGGAUAAUAACAACGGAGACCGCAGCCGAGAGAAGUCCCCUCGCAUUCCCGGCAACCCCGAACAGACUGGCGAAAAGUCCCUUCAGGAGCGACUAUGGGAGAUGGCCAACGGCAAGCCCGCUCCCAGGGACGACAAGCCCCGGGACGACUUCCAAGAUGGCAGGGAAGGAAGGGAUGACAGGGAGGAUGGGAGGAACGACCGUCCUCCGCUGUUGGAUAGACCGCCGAUGAGGCACGAUAUGGCGCCGCCGCUUAUGGAUGAUGAAUCGGACAACGGGCCGGGCGGGCCCGCGGGCCCGGGCGCCGGCUGGACGCAGCUGCCGCGCAUGCCGCCGCCGCACUGCGCGCCCUUCCGAGCUGAAUUGAGAAUGAGAGGGCCUCCUAGACAGGGAAUGGCAGGACCGUGGAUGGACGGGCCGGGCCCAGGACCGGUAGGCCCCGGCGGCCCGGGAGGGCCGGGGCCGGGCUUCGGGCCCCGGUUCAACGGCAUGGGGCCCCCGCCCUUCAACAGGCCCCCGUUCGAGAGACCGCCCUUCGAGGGGGGCCCCAUAUUCGAGGGCCCGCCGAGGUUCGAGCGUCCGCCGUUCAACCGAAUGCCGUUCGACGGGAUGAAUCGGCCCCCGUUCGACGGCCCGCGGCCUCCGUUCGACGGCCCGCGGCCUCCGUUCGACGGCCCGCGGCCUCCGUUCGACGGCCCGCGGCCUCCGUUCGACGGCCCGAAGCCGCCCUUCGACGGCCCGCGACAGUUCGACGGCCCGCCGGAGUUCUUCGACAGAAACAACCGACGAUUCGACGAGCGGGAACAGUUCAACGAACGCGGCUGGAACGGCGACCGCGACCGCGACUGGGGCGACCGCAGGAACAACGAGUGGGACGACCGCCGCAGGGACCGCAGGCCGCGGGAGCUCGACGACAGGUUCCGCGACCGAAACGACCGCAGGAGGAACUUCGACGACCGGCCGCGACCUCCCCGGGACGCGCGAGACAACUCCAAAGAUAACAAAGACGCGCCCAACGACGCCCCCAAGGAGAUCCCUAAAGAGGCCCCCAAGGAGGCGCCGAAGGAGGAGAGAAACACCAGAAGAGAGAGAGACAGAAAGUCGAGGUGGGGGGCCGCCGAGGACGUCGUGAUCCCGGCCGAGAGCCAGGACGUAGUACAAGAUAUCGCCGAGAACCAGACAAAUAUAACUAGUGAUAACGCUGAAAACGUCGACGCGAGUCGGGAACAAACAGAAAGCGAUCCGUCCGAGCGGGAAGAAGCGAGCGAGCCGUUCGCGCCCGUCGAGAGAGAGAGGGAUGCGUUUAACAACGAGGAGGAUCGGCAGCCGGAGAGCGAGGAGCGGUCGUGUGCUAGUCAGGAUUAUAGCGAACAAAAUCAUAUCGAACCGGUUCAAAGGGAGGAAGCGAAGGAACACCCGGCGCUGAGCGAUCUGUACGACACUAGCGAAGCGGUCGCGAGUUUCCCGAUGCCGAAGCCGGUCGCGGAGGCGAUGCCCGUUGAGACGGAAGCCGACAGCUCGAAGGACAUAUUCGACGAGGCGCGGGACAGGGAGCCCGAGCCCGCGGAGAGCCGCGAGGGAGCCGCCUGACACCGGCGCCGGUGGAAGGUGGACUAUUUCCAGUGGAAAUGAUUCGGGUGACACCCGCUCGGCCGCUAUAAAUUUGUGGGCGGGUGGGGCGACUAUAAAUGUUUAAAUUUAUAUACCGCUCACGAAACUUAUAGAUGUUAUAUCGCAGAGUUUUAUAAGAAUGAAAUGUAUAUUUUGUUGUUGACGUGGAGCCCCACACGAGCGCGGCGGAGCGGCACGCGACGACGCCAAAGAUUUUUAUACGCAAUCAAAUAUGAAAUAUACGAGUGCCUUAUUGGUUACCGAAGUGGUGUUUUGUUUGCUCCGGCGCCGCAGAAGAGGAACGCGCCUGGGCGCUCAAGUGGAGCGACCCGGGCCAGGUACGUCCGCGCACGUCGAGAACAAUCGCACGACACGCACGCAACAAAACCAAGCUGCGUUUACACGAGCAUAAGACACUUUGCCUGCAUCCCAAGUCAAGCCUGUACUUAACCUUAAAACUGUCUGUCAUUUCAGCAAAGUUAUCAAGGCAUCUUGCUCGUGUAAACGCGGCUCUUAACACCUGUUUGAUUUCCAUCGCGUUUCCAGUAACAUGUUGCAAAGUUCUAUUACAAUUUUGAGUUGCACCGUUGUACUCGGCGUGCGUAUUUUUCUAUUGUAUUUGCCGAUGUUGAAAUGGAGAUUCGUAAUGAUUAAAUAGUACUUAUGAUAAAAUAAUUAAAUGGAUAAAUUUUGUUGAUUAAUUAAAUAAAAUCUCCAUUUCAACACUAAUAAUAUGACUAGCAAUGUGUGCAAAACACCGCGGCGCGCGUCACCCGAAUCGGCCCUGGAAAUGACUACAAGGAAACAACGCAAGACUCAAGCGACGGAAUCCUCCAUUUUGACACGAUGUCGAGCCGACGUCGGCCAUCUUAGUUAUGUUUCUAUUUUUUUUUUUUACUUCAAUUAGAUCAUAAUUUCAUUAAUAUAUCUGUAUAACUUUAGUUUAGAUGGAUCUUAGGCUAAUUUUGGAAAUUAGCUUCCAAAUUAAAUAAAUUGCAUUAUUCAUUCAUCGAUUAGAAUUGAUUUAGCUUUAUCUUGUAAAAUUGGUGAGGGUAGGAAGAGAUUUAAAAAUGAUAGCACUAUAUUAAUCUAUAUGAUAGACACUACUAACACGUUUUAUAUGUUUAGGAGUUUAGUAUUCUAGCAAAAUACCCAUCACAUAGAGAUAGGUUGGAGUAUAAAGUUAAAAUAUUUUACAUUGAAAGUACUUCGCGUGCACUUGCACAUUGUUUAGAUUUAAACAGUUCAAUGUUAAUAUGUAACAUAUUUUACAAAUAUUCAACUAUAUGUGGGGCUUUUAUUUUAUAGUUAGGGAUUACAUACCUAUACCAUAAUUUUGAACAAGUUUUUAGGUGUGGCCCACGAUAUUGUGUAGAUAAGGAAUUUAUAAUUUAAUUGCAUGCAUCGAUGUUCUGUCAUAUUUGUGCUUCAAUAAAAAAUUCAAAAUGUC